AUGCGUUUAGCCAUUGUGUUUCUUGUUUUCGCUUCAGUUCUCGGAUUCAGUUCUGGUGCUUUGACUGUCCUUCAACAAUUACUCGACAGAAAUGAUUACAAUCUCAAAUGGAAAUAUGGUACUGCUCAAACAGUCAAGUACAUCACUAUUCAUAAUACAGCUAAUAAAGCAACAGCUCAGAAUGAAGCUACGUAUUUGAAUAAUCGUCGUGAUAAUCAAUACAUUUCAUUCCAUUAUGUCGUUGAUAACAUUCACGCCAUUCAAUUAUUACCUGACAACACUCAUGGCUGGCAUGCAGGUGAUGGUAGUGGCGAAGGUAAUAAAGCUUCAAUCGGUGUGGAGAUCGCUCAAUCAACAAACGAUAACGUUAGUUUGAAAAAUGCUGCCAUUGAAAAUGGUGCUCGCUUAGCAGCACGAUUACUCAAACGUUUCAAUUUCGGCACUGAUCGUCUUCGUAAACAUCAAGACUGGAGCGGUAAAAACUGCCCACAUGACAUUCUCGGCCGCUAUGGUUGGACAACAUUUGUUAACUUAGUCCAACAAAAAAUGAAUUCAGGUGAUUAUUAA